UUGCUGGAGGGUAACAUUAUUGAGUUUGUGAAAAAUGAGCUAAAGAAGAUCCAGCAGGUUUUGAGUUCAUGUGACCUAGAAAGCACAGAGAGUCAAUGGGAGGAUGAGGAUGGGCUGGAAGGUGAAGAUAAAGAGCAAAGGAGGAGCAGCAGAGAAGCUUUUAUGGAAAUCACACAGAACUUCCUGAGGAUGAUGAAGCAGAAGGAGCUGGCUGAACGUCUGCAGAGAAUCCUGACUGAUGUUACAGAGUCCACCUCAGUGGAUGUUCUGCUGACAAACCUCAUCAGGGGGAAACUGCUUCCCUCUGCUCUCCUCUGGAUAACCACACGACCUGCAGCGGCCAAUCAGAUCCCUCCUCAGUGUGUUGGCAUGGUGACAGAGAUCAGAGGGUUCAAUGACCAACAGAAGGAGGAGUACUUCAGGAAGAGGUUCAGAGACGAGGAGCAGGCCAGCAGGAUCAUCUCCCACAUCAGGACAUCUAGAAGUGUCCACAUCAUGUGUCACAUCCCAGUGUUCUGCUGGAUCACUGCUACGGUUCUGGAGGAUAUGUUGAAGAUCCAAAAGCAAGGAGAGCUUCCCAACACCCUGACUGAGAUGUACAUCCACUUUGUGGUGGUUCAGACCAAAGUGAAGAAGGUCAAAUACGAUGGAGGAUAUGAGACAGAUCCACACUGGACCACAGAGAGCAGGAAGAUGAUCGAGUCUCUGGGAAAACUGGCUUUUGAUCAGCUGCAGAAAGGAAAGCUGAUCUUCUAUGAAUCAGACCUGGCAGAGUGUGGCAUCGAUAUCAGGGCAGCCUCAGUUUACUCAGGAGUGUUCACACAGAUCUUUAGAGAGGAGAGAGGGCUGUACCAGAACCAGGAGAAGGUGUUCUGCUUUGUCCAUGUGAGUGUUCAGGAGUUUCUGGCUGCUCUUCAUGUCCAUCUGACCUUCAUCAAGGAUGGAGUUAAUCUAAUGGAAGAACAAAAAAAGUGGAUUAUACAUUUGAAGAAACCGAUUCUAAAGUAUGUUCAUCAGAGUUCUGUGGAUCAGGCCUUACAGAGUCCAAAUGGACACCUGGACUUGUUCCUCCGCUUCCUCCUUGGUUUUUCCCUUCAGACCAAUCAGAUUCUCCUUCAAGGUCUGCUGACACAGAAACGGCAAACCUCACAGACCAAUAAGGAAACAGUUCAGUACAUCAAGAAGAAGAUCAAUGAGAAUCUGUCUGCAGAGAAAAGCAUCAACCUGUUCCACUGUCUGAAUGAACUGAAUGAUCGUUCUCUGGUCCAGGAGAUCCAACAGUCUCUGAGAUCAGGAAGUCUUUCCACAAAUAAACUGUCUCCUGCUCAGUGGUCAGCUCUGGCCUUCAUCUUAGUGACAUCAGGGGAAGAUUUAGAUGUUUUUGACCUGAGAAAAUACUCUGCUUCAGAGAAAAUUUUUCUCAGGCUGCUGCCAGUAGUCAAAGCUUCCAACAAAGUUAUCUUGAAGAGUUGUAACCUCUCAGAGAGAAGCUGUGGAUUUCUGUCCUUGGUUCUCGGUUCUGAGUCUGCUGUCCUGAGAUAUUUGGACCUGAGUAACAACAAGCUGCAGGAUUCUGGAGUGGAGCAGCUGUCAUCUGGACUGAAGAGUCCAAACUGCAAACUAGAAACUCUGCGACUGAACAACUGUAACCUUUCAGAGAGAAGCUGUGAAUUUCUGGUCUCAGUUCUUGGUUCCCAGUUCUGUAAUCUGAGAACGAUGAGCCUGAGUAACAAUAAGCUGCAGGAUGGAGGAGUGGUGCUGCUUUCUCCUGGGCUGAACAACUCAAACUGCAAACUGGAAACUCUCAGGUUAAAUAAUUGUGAACUCACAGGGAGAAGCUGUGAAAUUCUGGCCUUGGUGCUCAGCUCCCAGUCGUCUAAUUUGAGGCUGAUGGACCUGAUUGACAACAAGCUACAAGAUUCUGGAAUUGAGCUGCUGUCAUCUGGACUGAGAAGUGAAAAUUGCAAACUGGAAACUCUAAGAUUGAAUACAUCUGACCUUUCAGAGAGAAGCUGUGAAGUUCUGGCCUCAGUUCUCAGCUCCCAGAGCUCUAAUCUGAGAGAGAUGGAUCUGAGUAACAACCAGCUGCAGGAUUCUGGAGUGAAGCUCCUUUCUUCUGGACUAGAGAGCCCACACUGCAAACUGGAAACUCUCAGUGCAUAA